GGACAAAACAUCAAUCAACUUAUAAUAUUCGCCUCUGACUAACUAUCAUGUCCUCUACAACGAAUGUCUUUAUCACUGGUGCAACCGGAUAUAUCGGAGGCGCUGUCCUUGAGCUGCUUCUCGAGCACCCUACAGCGUCGUCAUCACAGUUCACCGCGCUUGUGCGCUCUCCUGAAAAAGCACAGAAGCUUGAGGCUAUCGGUGUUCAUGCCGUUGUGGGAUCCAAUUCUGAUCUCGACAAGCUAGAGCAGCUUGCCUCCGAGUCUGAUGUGAUAUUUGCUUGUGCCGACGCUGAUAAUGUACCAGCAACCAAGGCUAUUUUGGCUGGGCUGAAGAAACGCUAUGAAUCUACAGGAAAGGCUCCCAUUCUGGUCCACACUUCCGGCACUGGCGUUCUGACGGAUCAUGCUGCUGGAAAAUAUGCUUAUGAUACCAUUUACGACGACACGGACGUCGCACAAUUAGAGACCCUUCCGGAUACACAAUUUCACAGAAACGUUGAUCUCUUGAUUAUCGAGGCUGAUAAACAAGGAUACGCACGCACGCACAUUGUGCUUCCCUCUACGAUCUAUGCCCAUGCGACCGGUAAACUCGUCCAGCUUGGCAUCCAGAAUCCAAAAUCGAUACAGAUUCCUUGUCUUAUUCGGAGCAGUCUGAAGCGUGGACAAGGUGGCGUGACUGGCGAGGGCAAAAACCGAUGGCCUAAUGUCCACAUUGAUGAUAUCGCUUCCUUAUAUAUUGUGUUAUACGAAGCCAUCUUGGCUGGUAAGGCAGGGCACGGACGUGAAGGCUUGUACUUUGGGGAGAACGGCGAACACUUGCUGUACGACGUCAGCAAAGCGGUUGCCGAAGCACUUUAUGAGCUUGGCAAAGGCAGGAGCCCGGAGCCCACAACGUUUACUGAGGAGGAGCUCAACGCUGAUUUCCUUAUUGCAUACUUAGGCACUAACUCCCGUUGCCAUGCCAGUAGAGCACGAGCUCUUGGUUGGAAGCCAAAGUACACGACGAAAGACCUGCUUGCGAGUAUCAAACCUGAGGUGGAGGCAAUAUUAAAGGAAUAAAUAUUGAUCCUGCUAGUGGGUCUAUGUUUUUAUAUUGCAUUGAUUUCAAGGAGUGAUUGUGUGCAUAUGGUUCAACUUUUAUGUUGUCGUGUUUGUCUGUUAUAAGUAGAAAGCUCUGCAAGAUGUAUUCUCUUUCGCCUUUCGAAUAAAAUGAUAUAAAUGCGCUUUGUUGAAUCGUU